CCAAACAGUUUCUUCUUCUACACUUUAAUCCCCUCAAUUUCUCUCUCACUACUUCUCUCUCUUACAUUACCGAGAAUCCGAGAUGGAUCUUGUUGUUGUCACAGAGACUAGUAUUCCGACAAAAAUCACUCACGUGAACAAGAAAUCCUCCGACGAAUUGCUCCGUAAGUUCGCCGAUCCCGACGACGUCGACGAGUCAAAGUCGUCAACGAAACGCCGGAAGAAAUCAGCUAAGAAUUCUUCUCGAGAGAACGGCGUUGACAUCGAAAGUAACAGUAUUGGUUUGGUGGAGAGGAAACGGCUCUUGCUUGCUCCGGCGAGUAAACGGCGAUCUCUGUUUCUCCGGCAGCUUGCUUCUGGAAAAUCACAUCUCAGGAACAAGUCUCUCGUCAGAACUAUCGGCAAGACAUGGCGUAAAACAAUGGAAGGAGCUUCAAGAGUUUUCAUCGAGAAGCAUUAUAACAGACACAAGCGUCUCAUCAACGACGUCGUUUAGGCUUUUCUUCAACCUUUUUUUUUGUGCCACUAUUUUAUAUUCGUUUGUAUUAUCCUCACGUUUAGUAUUUACUUCUUUCUCGUCUUAUUUAAGUCAAAUCACUUCAUUGUAAUUUUUUUUGUUGACGUAUAUUCAUGGUUAACAAAUUUAUCAUGGUGGUUGGAGCCUGUGUAUUUGUUUUGUAAAGAUUAAUUCUACCCAAAUUUAAGUUUUAUGGUUGUAUUUUAUAAUGGCAGAAACAAAUAAAGUACUCUAACCAAU